UUGCAAUUAGGCAUUAAUUAAGUAUUAUGAAAGUUGAUUAUUUAAGUGAAUUCGGCUUUCGACUCUCCGACUAUGAGUUUGGGACCAAGGAGAGGAGAAUGGAUCUCGGCACAGCUGACGGCGCCCGGUGCCCCGACCCGCCCGCAGGCAAGCCCCCCAUGGCGGCCAAGCGCAAGGGCGGCCUGAAGCUCAACGCCAUCUGUGCCAAGCUGAGCCGCCAGGUGGUGGUGGAGCAGGGCGCCGAGGCCAGCGCCCAGGCCACCGGCAGCCCCCGGCGGCCCCCGGACAGGGAGGCGGGGCUGGCCCGGGCCCCCCGCAGCGAGGAGGACAAGCGGCGGGCGGUGAUCGAGAAGUGGGUGAACGGGGAGUACAGCGAGGAGCCCGCCCCACCGCCCCUGCUGGGCCGCGUCCCCCGCGAGGGCCCCGAGCUGCCCCCCGAGGGCGUCUACAUGGUGCAGCCCCAGGGCUGCAGCGACGAGGAGGACCCCGGCCACGAGCCCCCCAAGGAGGGCGGUGGCGCCGACGAGAAGGACCCGGAUGGCCCCGGCGGCAAGGAUGCGACCAAGCAGGCGUCAGGGGAGGCCUCCUCGCUGCGGGACUACGCGGCCUCCACGGUGACGGAGUUCCUGGGCAUGUUCGGGUACGAGGACCACGACACCAGGGACGAGCUGGCCCGGAAGCUCAGCCUGGAGAAGCUGCAGGCCGGCUGCACGCCCGAGCCGGCCCCCGCGUCCGCGCCCGCGGGCGCCGAGGACGCGCUCAGCAAGCGGGCGCGCUUCUCCAAGUACGAGGAGUACAUCCGCAAGCUCAAGGCGGGCGAGCAGCUCUGCUGGCCCGGCCACGGCGCCAAGGCGGACGCGCGCGGGGCCAAGGAGGCCGCGGGGCCGCUGCCCGGCCUGCGGCUGCCCAGCUCGGCGCACCUGGAGACCAAGGCCACCAUCCUGCCGCUGCCCUCGCACGGCGGCGUGCCCGCGCAGGGCCUGGUGGCGCGCGCCUCCAAGUACGACUUCUUCAUCCAGAAACUCAAGACGGGCGAGCACCUGCGCCCGCAGAACGGCAGCGCCUACAGGAAGCCCUCCAAGUACGACCUGGAGAACGUCAAGUACCUGCACCUCUUCAAGCCGGGGGAGGGCAGCCCCGACAUGGGCGGGGCCAUCGCCUUCAAGACCGGCAAGGUGGGCCGGCCCUCCAAGUACGACGUCCGAGCCGUCCAGAAGCCGGGCCCUGCCGUCAAGGGCCCGCCGGCCCCCAGCCUGGCCCCGGCGCCCCUGGCCAGCGGGCCCAGCGCCCCCAGCGCCCCCGGGCCCGGGCCGGGGUCUGAGCCGGCCGCAUCCCUGCCUUUCAACGCCCCCGAGUACCUGAAGUCCACCUUCUCCAAGACCGACUCCAUCACCACGGGGACCGUGUCCACCGUCAAGAACGGCCUGCCCACAGAUAAGCCCGCCGUCACUGAGGAUGUGAACAUUUACCAGAAAUACAUCGCCAGGUUCUCGGGCAGCCAGCACUGCGGCCACAUCCACUGUGCGUACCAGUACCGCGAGCACUACCACUGUCUCGACCCCGAGUGCAACUACCAGAGGUUCACGAGCAAGCAGGACGUGAUUCGCCACUACAACAUGCACAAGAAGCGGGACAACUCGCUGCAGCACGGCUUCAUGCGCUUCAGCCCGCUGGACGACUGCAGCGUCUACUACCACGGCUGCCACCUCAACGGGAAGAGCACGCACUACCACUGCAUGCAGGUGGGCUGCAACAAGGUCUACACAAGCACGUCGGACGUGAUGACCCACGAGAACUUCCACAAGAAGAACACGCAGCUCAUCAACGACGGCUUCCAGCGCUUCCGGGCCACUGAGGACUGCGGCACCGCGGACUGCCAGUUCUACGGGCAGAAGACCACGCACUUCCACUGCAGGCGCCCGGGCUGCACGUUCACCUUCAAGAACAAGUGCGACAUCGAGAAGCACAAGAGCUACCACAUCAAGGACGACGCGUACGCCAAGGACGGCUUCAAGAAGUUCUACAAGUACGAGGAGUGCAAGUACGAGGGCUGCGUGUACAGCAAGGCCACCAACCACUUCCACUGCAUCCGCGCAGGCUGCGGCUUCACCUUCACCUCCACCAGCCAGAUGACCUCGCACAAGCGGAAGCACGAGCGGCGCCACGUGCGCUCCGCGGGCGUGCUGGGGCUGCCGGCCGGGCUGCUGGGCGCCAAGGACACGGAGCACGAGGAGUCCAGCAACGACGACCUGGUGGACUUCUCGGCCCUCAGCAGCAAGAACUCCAGCCUCAGCGCCUCCCCCACCAGCCAGCAGUCCUCGGCCUCCCUGGCCGCCGCUGCAGAGGCCGUGCCCAGCGCCACCAAGGCCCCCAACAGCAAGAUCUCGGGGCUGCUGUCCCAGGCCCUGCCCGGCUCCAUCCCCCUGGCACUCGCCCUCUCCAACUCCGGCCUGCCCUCCGGCGCGCCCUACUUCCCCAUGCUGCCGGGCCGGGGUGCGGCCGCGCUGCCCGUGGGCACCCCCGGCCUCCUGGGGGCCAUGUCCUCCGGGCCGGCUGCCUCAGCUGCCCCUGACGCCCCUGCACUGGCCACCUCGGGCGGGGGCGAGCCGGCCGCAGCCGCCUCGGUGCCCGCACCCACUGCCUCCAUCAUGGAGAGGAUCUCUGCCAGCAAAGGCCUCAUCUCACCCAUGAUGGCCAGGCUGGCCGCGGCCGCCCUCAAGCCCUCGGCCACCUUUGACCCAGGAAGUGGGCAGCAGGCCACCCCCACCCGGUUCCCCCUGGGCCCCGCGAAGCCAGAGGCAGGAGACAACGCGGGCACCCCAGGGCCCCAGGAGGCGGCCGACCGCAGUGUAGACCUGACCCUGAAGGAGCCCAGCAAUGAAUCAAAUGGCCACGCAGUCCCGGCAAAUUCAUCUCUUUUAUCCUCGCUUAUGAAUAAGAUGUCUCAGGGCAGCUCCAACCUUGGCAGCCUGUUGAGCGUCCCGACGGAGGGGGAGGGCAGCCCCGCGGCCGACGCGGGCCCCUUCCUGGGCAAGGCGGUGAAGGCGCUGGUGCAGGAGCAGCUGGCGGAGCCCUGGAGAGUGUACCUGCGCAGGUUCGGCACCAAGGACGUCUGCGACGCGCAGUGCGACUUCCUGCACAAGGCCCACUUCCACUGCGUGGUGGAGGAGUGCGGGGCGCUCUUCAGCACCCUGGACGGAGCCAUCAAGCACGCCAACUUCCACUUCCGGACGGACGGAGGAACGGUGAAAGGGAGCGUGGAGGGCGCCUUCCCGCCCGCGGCCGACACCAAGCCCCCCCUGGCCCCCUCGUCCCCUCCGGUGCCCCCCGUCACCUCAGCCGCGGCCGCCUCGGUGGAGGGACUGACCCCCAGCCCGGCGCCCGCGCCCUCCGCCCCCACGCUGCUGGCCUGGAAGCAGCUGGCGUCCGCCCUCCCCCAGAUGCCCGCGCUGCCGGCACCAGCACCUCACCUGCCCGCCUCGCCCCUGGCCACCACCUCUCUAGAGAACGCCAAGCCCCAGGUCAAACCCGGAUUCCUCCAGUUCCAGGAGAACGACCCCUGCCUCGCGACGGACUGCAAGUACGCCAACAAGUUCCACUUCCACUGUCUCUUCGGGAACUGCAAGUACGUGUGCAAGACCUCGGGCAAGGCCGAGUCGCACUGCCUGGACCACAUCAACCCCAACAACAGCCUCGUGAACGUGCGAGACCAGUUCGCGUACUACUCCCUGCAGUGUCUCUGCCCCAACCAGCACUGUGAGUUCCGGCUGCGCGGGCACUACCACUGCCUGCGGACGGGCUGCUACUUCGUGACCAACAUCACCACCAAGCUGCCGUGGCACCUGAAGAAGCACGAGAAGGCCGAGCGGCGGGCGGCCAACGGCUUCAAGUACUUCACGAAGCGUGAGGAGUGUGGCCGGCUAGGCUGCAAGUACAACCAGGUGAACAGCCACUUCCACUGCAUCCGCGAGGGCUGCCAGUUCUCCUUCCUGCUCAAGCACCAGAUGACCUCGCACGCGCGCAAGCACAUGCGCAGGAUGCUGGGCAAGAACUUCGACCGUGCGCCCCCGGCCCAGGGCCCCCCGAGCCUGCUGGACACGGAGCCGGACGAGUACAUGGAGCACACGGGCUGCAGCCCGGGCGGCCUGUCCUCGGGCUCGUCCACCAUGGACCGCAGCUGCUCCAGCACCCCCGUGGGCAACGAGAGCACGGCGGCAGGGAACACCAUCUCCAUGCCCUCCGCCUCGGGCGCCAAGAAGCGCUUCUGGAUCAUCGAGGACAUGUCCCCCUUCGGGAAGCGGCGCAAGACGGCAUCGUCGCGGAAGAUGCUGGAUGAGGGCAUGAUGCUGGACGGCUUCCGGCGCUUCGACCUCUACGAGGACUGCAAGGACGCGGCGUGCCAGUUCUCGCUCAAGGUGACCCACUACCACUGCACGCGCGAGAACUGCGGCUACAAGUUCUGCGGCCGCACGCACAUGUACAAGCACGCGCAGCACCACGACCGCGUGGACAACCUGGUGCUGGACGACUUCAAGCGCUUCAAGGCGUCGCUGAGCUGCCACUUCGCCGACUGCCCGUUCUCGGGCACCAGCACGCACUUCCACUGCCUGCGCUGCCGCUUCCGCUGCACCGACAGCACCAAGGUCACGGCGCACCGCAAGCACCACGGCAAGCAGGACGUGAUCAGCGCCGCGGGCUUCUGCCAGUUCAGCUCCAGCGCCGACUGCGCCGUGCCCGACUGCAAGUACAAGCUCAAGUGCUCGCACUUCCACUGCACCUACCCGGGCUGCCGCCACACGGUGGUGGGCAUGUCGCAGAUGGACUCGCACAAGCGCAAGCACGAGAAGCAGGAGCGCGGGGAGCCGCCCGCCGCCUCGCCGGGCCCCGCGGCCGCCGGCCCCGACGGCGCGCUGGCCCUGGCCGAGCCGGGCGGCCCGCUGCUCUUCCUGCAGACGGCGGCCGCCGGGCUGGGGCUGGGGCUGGCCGAGCCCGGGGACCCCGGCGAGCCGGGCGCCCACCCCGCCGCCGCCCAGGCCGCCGCCGCCGCGCCCGGCCCCGCCGCGCCCCCCGCGCCCGGCGCGCCCCCUGGCACCGCCGCCGCCGCGCCCCCCGCGCCCGGCGGGGAGUCGUCGCAGGAGGACGACGAGGAGGAGCUGGAGCUGCACGAGGAGGAGGAGGCGGACGACGACGACGACGACGAGGACGACGACGACGACGAGGACGACGAUGACGACGACGACGACGACGACGAGGACGAGGACGACGAGGACCUGCGCACCGACUCGGAGGAGUCGCUGCCCGACGCGGCGGCGCGGAGCCCCGAGCGCGCGCCCCCCGCCGCUGCCGCCUCGCCCUAGCGUGCCCCGGCCCGGCCCGUUCAGCCCGACCCGGCCCGACCCAGCCCAACCCGACCCGGCCCCGGAUCCGG